CUCUCCCGCCCUCUGCCCCUCCUCCUGCUCUCUACCUCCCCGCAGCGCCAAGCCGGCGCCCCAGUCCGGUGUGCCCGCCGCAAACCGCUGAGAGUUUGCCGAGCUACCCCCCGGGGCCCCGGCAGCCGAUCCCGCUCGGGCACCGACGCCUGCAGGCGAGGCGGCGCGGCGGAAGACAAACAAGCGCGCGCGCGGGGAGCCCCGGGAGGGCGGCCGGGCGGCUCCCGCCGCGCCCAGGUCUCCACUCCCGCGGCGGAGCGGCGCCCGGAAAAGUUGGACUCACGGCGGCCGCGCGCCGGGCAGCGUCGGAGCCCCCGCGUCCCGUCCCCGCGGCGCCCCGGGGGAGGAACCUGGCACUUCCCGUCGCUCGAGCCGCGCGCGCUGCCUAACGCGAGGGCCGAGCGCGCCGCGGGCGAAGGGGGGCGGCGGGCCGAGCGCGGGCUCACGGGGACCCAUGCCGGCGGCCAACCUGAUGGAGAGCCUGCAGCUGCCCGCCCUGCAGGUGCCCGGGCCGCAGGGCGCGCCCCAGGGCAGCCCGGUCUGGUCCAGCGCGUCGACCCCCACGCUCCGCCGCCGGCGCUUCAAGAUGCGCCGCACGAAGAACGUGCAGGAGCAGAGCCUGGAGGCCGGGCUGGCGCGGGACCUGCCCGGCGUGCUGGCCCCCGGCAAGGAGUUCCUGCAGCUGCCGUCCAUCGAGAUCACGCCCUCCAGCGACGAGGACACCCCGUGGUCCAACUGCUCCACACCCAGCGCGUCUCCGCGCCGAAAACGCUUCCUCCUCCGCAAGUGGCUGCGGGUGAGGCAGCCCAAGGAGUGCAGCGAAAGCAGCAGCCAGCAGAGCAGCCAGCAGAGCAGCCACGAAGAUGAUUCCAGCAGGUUCCUGAGUCCUCGGGCCCUGGAAGAGAGCACUGCCAGUAACUCAAACCGCAGCACGCCGGCCUGCUCCCCCAUCCUCCGGAAGCGGUCUCGCUCGCCAACCCCGCAGAACGCGGACGGUGACACCAUGGUAGAGAAGGGCUCAGAUCACUCCUCGGACAAGUCUCCGUCUACCCCAGAGCAGGGGGUGCAGCGCAGCUGCUCCUCACAGUCCGGCCGGAGCGGUGGCAAAAAUUCCAAGAAAAGCCAGAGUUGGUAUAAUGUGUUAAGCCCCACCUACAAACAGAGAAAUGAAGACUUCAGGAAGCUCUUUAAGCAACUCCCAGACACGGAGCGCCUCAUCGUCGAUUAUUCCUGCGCACUCCAGAGAGACAUUCUUCUUCAGGGCCGACUCUACCUCUCUGAAAACUGGAUCUGCUUCUACAGCAACAUCUUCCGCUGGGAAACGCUGCUCACUGUCCGUUUGAAAGACAUCUGCUCCAUGACUAAAGAAAAAACAGCUCGCCUCAUUCCCAAUGCCAUCCAAGUUUGCACUGACUCAGAAAAGCACUUUUUCACUUCAUUCGGGGCCCGGGAUAGGACGUACAUGAUGAUGUUCCGGCUCUGGCAGAACGCUCUCCUUGAAAAGCCCCUGUGCCCCAAGGAGCUCUGGCACUUCGUUCACCAGUGCUAUGGGAACGAGUUGGGCCUGACCAGUGAUGACGAGGACUACGUGCCCCCUGAUGACGACUUUAAUACGAUGGGCUACUGCGAGGAGAUCCCCGUCGAAGAGAAUGAAGUGAACGACAGCUCAUCCAAAAGCAGCGUAGAGACCAAGCCGGACGCCAGCCCACAGCUGCCCACGAAGUCCAUCACCAACAGCACCCUGACGUCCACAGGGAGCAGCGAGGCCCCCGUCUCGUUUGAUGGCCUUCCCCUGGAGGAGGAGGUACUGGAGGGCGAUGGGUCCCUGGAGAAGGAGCUCGCCAUUGACAACAUCAUCGGGGAAAAGAUUGAGAUCAUUGCGCCCGUGAACUCCCCUUCCCUGGACUUCAAUGACAAUGAGGACAUCCCCACCGAGCUCAGUGACUCUUCCGACACCCAUGAUGAAGGCGAGGUGCAGGCCUUCUACGAGGACCUGAGCGGCCGGCAGUACAUGAAUGAAGUCUUCAACUUCAGCGUGGACAAGCUCUAUGACCUCCUGUUCACUGACUCGCCCUUCCAGCGGGACUUCAUGGAGCAGAGACGCUUCUCGGAUAUCAUCUUCCACCCGUGGAAAAAGGAAGAGAAUGGGAACCAGAGCCGAGUGAUUCUUUACACCAUCACCCUGACCCACCCUCUGGCUCCCAAAACGGCCACCGUCAGGGAGACCCAGACCAUGUACAAGGCGAGCCAGGAGAGCGAAUGCUAUGUGAUCGACGCCGAGGUCCUCACCCACGACGUGCCGUACCACGACUAUUUCUACACCAUCAACCGCUACACGCUCACCCGCGUGGCUCGGAACAAGAGUCGACUCAGGGUCUCCACAGAGCUGCGCUACCGAAAACAGCCCUGGGGGUUAGUGAAAACCUUCAUCGAGAAGAACUUCUGGAGUGGGCUGGACGACUACUUCCGCCAUUUAGAGAGUGAGCUGACCAAAACGGAGAGCAGCUACCUAGCUGAGAUGCACAGACAGUCUCCCAAAGAGAAGGCCAGCAAGCCUCCAACGGUGCGGAGGAGGAAACGCCCCCACGCCCACCUGCGGGUGCCUCACCUGGAGGGGGUGAUGAGCCCUGUCACCACGCCCACUGAUGAAGAUGUGGGCCACCGGAUCAAGCACGUGGCAGGUUCCACGCAGACGCGGCACAUCCCCGAGGACACCCCCAAUGGUUUCCACCUGCAGAGUGUGUCCAAGCUGCUGCUGGUUAUCAGCUGUGUGAUUUGUAUUCUUUUAAAUCUGCAAGUGGGAGUUAGACUGUCCCUGUUCAGGAAGCUGGCACAGAACAAGCUACUGAGCAUAACUCCAGCUGCUGGGGUGGCCCUUCUUCUACCCCACAGGUUACCCCAGUCUCAAACAGAGUGGGCCCAGCUCCUAGAGUCCCAGCAAAAGUACCACGACACCGAGCUCCAAAAGUGGCGGGAGAUCAUCAAAUCUUCGGUGAUGCUCCUUGACCAGAUGAAGGACUCCCUCAUCAACCUUCAGAACGGCAUCAGGUCCCGGGACCACACACCAGAAAGCGAAGAGAAGAGGAGCCGCUAUCACUGACAAGGCAGGGGCGGGGGCGGCCGCCGGAGGCCUGUGCAAUACAUGUACAUAGACCAUAUAAAUAUAUAUAUAUAUAUACAGAAUAUAAAUAUAUAUAUAUUCUAUACAGAUUUUAAAAAGAGAUAAUGCCUAUGUACCAGGGAGAAGGAGCAGAGCCGCCCGCUGUGCCGGCCGGUGGAAGGGCAGAGGAGGGCAGGGACCACCUCUCAGCGCCGACCUCCCCUGACCCUCCUCCUCCCCAUCCCCUCGUCCACACCCUUUCCCUUGCUCGCCUUCUUGGCUCUGAGAAGGGAAGUGUUAUUGAGCCAAAGUUAAUGCCUGUGAAGACCCUGAGGUCUUAAAAAGAAGUCUCAAGGGGCAUUGCUUAUGGUGCUUCAUUCCGAUUCCCUUUUGAUUUGUUUCCAAAAUAAAAGAGAAUCUUUCCUUCCCUACGCCACGCUUCCCCAGGUGUUCUCUUGUGAACGAGGAAGCAUUGAGGGCAGGCACCCAUUCUGAACCCCACCCCACGAGGCCACCCCCUUUCUGUGGACCAUCCGCCAAAAGCCAGGUGGAGAAGGCGGUUGGGAAGCUCGGAGGCCUGCGCUGUGGGGCCGGGCUCUGUAGCUGCAGGCCCCCCGAGGACCCCUGUUCCAAAGGUCAGCCUGCUCCAUCACCCCUCGCACCUCCUUCUGACCUGUGUAGGGCAGGGACCCAAUAAGGGCUGGGGAUUUCUUCCUUUCCCACCCUCCUUCUCUCUGGUCUUCUCCCAGGCUGGAUCUGGGUGAAGCAUCACAUUUUUAGUGCCUAAAGCCCUAUUUUUUUCUCUGUGCCCUAAGAGCACAUUGUCUAUUAGCCAGGGCAGAGCAUUUUUGAUCUUGUUAAACCUCUUAUAGUGGUUAUAAGCAAGCCAGGUCUGUGGCUAUAAUUCCCUCACUUUGAGCUGUCAGGACAAAUCAGGGUGUCUUAGGAUGUCCAGGGUUCAGGGUGAAUGCCCUAGCAAGGAACAGGCUGUAGGUUCCAACCAGAGACUGCUGUGUGAGUGGUGGGCACCAGUAUCCAGCAUCUGCUUGGCUGCCAGCAUCGUCUACUCUCAGUGACGGGCCCACAUCUCUCAAGGGGGACAGCUGUCUGGGAAACACUGUACGUCGAAGGCGACCUAAGCCCUUGGGGGGAACAGAUUUGGCAACGGUGCAUUCAUUUGGCCGGUAGAGAGCCAGAUCGGGAUUCUGCCCCCAUGGGAGCAUUCCAAAUCUUGUCGCUCAGAUAUGGGAGUGGGAGUUCUGGCAGAGCGGGCAACGCCUUCUCUGGUCUCUGGCCCCAGAGAGGAAUGAAAUCCCUAAGGAGUAGGAAGGCGACCUUGGUUUAGGAAAGCAAGUUGCUCAGGCUUUGACCCGGUGGCACCCUUCUGGGCAUGCUUACCAUCCUUCGUGCCCUGUUUCUCCUUGUAUUGACCAAAAGAAUCCUGCCAGCCUCACAGAACUCGCAGGGAUUCUUGAUCAGGAAAGCACUGCACCCGUUUGGCAAGGAGAGCUCUCCCCUAUGGCUUGGUCUCCUAGUGAUCCUCUUGAGACAGGGGGCAGAAGGAAGGGAGAGCUCAUCGGUCAUCACCCAGGAGAAGAGCAGGGCAUCUUCUGUUGGGAUGGCCUGAGCAUCCUAUUCUGGCAAUGAAAGAGCUUUUUGACUUUUUGGUCUGGGAAUAUGGCCUUGUUAUUGCUUUAAGGGCAGGAUAACAAGCCAGAAAGAUCCAUGCCUAGGCCAUCCCCCAGGACAGUAGGGUGGGAGGGCCCCACGGGAUCCGCCAGAAUCCAUAUCCCUCCCCUAGAAGUGCAGUGAGGAAGUGGAGUUGAGGGUCAUCCUCGUGAAGGGGGGAUGUGCCCCCGGCCAGCGCUCGCUGCUCAUUCUGAUCCAGGAUUUGGAGCGGGAGACCCUGGUGAGGGUCGAGGCUCCUGGGCCCGCAGCCCGAGGAGGGGUGGGUGCAGGGUGCUGGAAACGUCCCUGUUGGAGUAGCCGGGAGCCAAAAUCAUUCCCAGAGACUUUUGAAAAGCAAAGAUAGUAAACGAUCUAAGUUAUUCCAUACAUGAUUACUUAUUUAUUUAAACUAUUCAGUUAUUAGAGGCCCCAUUGGUAGGACCUCUGGGUCGAUAUUAAGAGGGUUCUUUGCUGGGAGUACAGUGAUACAGGGAGACCUGGCUUCGCUGCUCUGCUUCUGCUUGACCUCUCAGGCCCACUCCAGGGACGAGCGGGUGACAGGGAGGGAGGGUUCGAGCUUUGGCUUUGUCUGGGAGGCGGGCAAGGCUGGGCUUUCUCAAGCUUAAAAGAGGCCCUGCCAGGGGAGAACAAGCCUUCCAGGUUAGAGAUGAGUGGCAGGGCAGGGCCUGGGGUCCCGGGCAAUGCAGGGUAGUUAAACUUCUUCUCUAUGGGCUAGAAGGGCUGGGGAGGCCGCGACACAGUGAGAGGAGGGGAGAAGGAGGGAGGCAGGAGGGGCUGCAUUGCUCAGUGUUAACCUAGGAGGGUGUUUCUUCCCUCGCUGGCUUGGUCUUCGUUCGGGAGGGGACCUGCCUUUGGACUUCCUCUAAGUUAAGAGAAGGAAGUAGUGGCAGAAAGGGCAUCAUCUUAGAUGAAGGCGCAGAAGCCUUUCACCCAUCCUUCCUCCUCCUUUUGAGAAGAAUCAGUGAAGAAAAGGCAUUCCUGGUUCUAGCACUUCUUCUCUUUUGGCUCAGCCCAAACCUGCUGGCAUUUGGAUUCUGUGUGCAGCUUUGGCCCAGAUCCUUGGCUGGUGCCAGAGCGCUGACGCUCACUAGGACCCUGGGAUUUCAAGGGGAAGGAUCAGGAAACCUCAGGAGGAAUGCUUCGACAGAAGUGGAGCCUCUCCACGCCCGUGUCCCCAGCCCAGGCUUGGACCACGUGGAAUACAUUUGAAGGCAGCAUCUCUGGGGUGAAAUCUUGCAAAAAGAACUGGAGGAAGAAUUUCUCUGGACUGUUUGUGGUCUCAGAAGGAUCCUUUCUGGGCUGCGCUUGCUAUGCUGUUGCUUUAGCUCUGCAGGGCAGCCAGAGCCAGGCCUUCCUCCCCAGGCCCCGCGCGGGAGGGCCACCCUCUUCUCUCUCUCCCCAGGUGGCAAGGCUGUGGUCUCCCUCCCCACAUGCCCGACUCACCUGCCUGCUUCUCUAGGAAACUGGAGAAUCUCUCUUCCGGAUUCUCUCCUGCCCCACCCUUGCCUCUAGGCUGUGGGACAGUCACCCCAUUCACCACUUGCCCUCCCCAAUCCUCAUCCCCCCAAAUCCAGCAGGCUGGCCCCUCUCCCUUCCACUUCUGUGUUUUCUUCCAGAAGAUGCAUUUUGGGUCUGAGAGGAGCAUUUUUCCGGAAGGCACCUUUUAACACCCCUGCUUUCCCGAUGUGGAGCAGGAAUUUGCACACGGUGUAGAGAGCGCCCCUUCCCACCUCUCUGCCCAGCCUCGUUACCUCACUCCUGCUCCAGCCACGGCUGUGAUGGGCCCAGCCAGCUCCUCGUUUUGGUGUUCUGUGCGGCCGCUCAGGGGUCUUGGCAAUUGUUUUCUGUUGUGACCUGAGGUCCUCAGCAGGCCUGGGAGCCUGGACUGGAGCCUUGGCUGCUGGCGAGAAGUACCUUGCCUGCCAAGAGGGGCUGAUGCCAGACGAUCCACCUGACAUGCGAAGAUGUAAAGGACAUUGUCACCUCUGCCUCUUGGCCCUCUUGGCUUCUCAACACCGUGAGACACUCCAGAAGCAAAAUGGUGGCCUCUGCUCCAGGCAAGACAGCUGGCUGAAUCUGGGGAGUUGGCCCCUGGGCUUGGGUUCCUCAUGCUGAGAUUGCAUAAUCUUUUUGCCAACAGUAGUGUGUGGCUCCCCACAUUUCUCUAUCCUGCACUCUAGAGCCAGACCACUCUCUGCAUGGACCAGAUCAUCUUCCCAAACCCAUGGUGCUUUCUCCCCCACUCAACCUAGACUCCAAGGUGGGGAAGGACGGGUCAGAGGCCUUAGUGGCCCCUGGAUAAUCCUGACAUGGGGUGGAGUGGGGGGAGGCGGGGGAGCAGCCCCCAACACCUGCACUGGGCCAUACAUGGGAAAGAACACAGGUUGAUUGCAGUCAAGUUGUCUGGCCAUCUGUAUUUGGAUCUAUAACUGUACUUUGCCUGGCGCUGUGCGCAAGGUCUGAAAACUUACUGCUAGUACCUAGAAACAUACAAGGCUUCCCAGCCAAAUCUUAAUGUAAAGUAGCUAGAGCCAUGGAAGUACAGUAUGAAUUAAAAGAAACAAGUAUUGAACUACAAAA